AUGGCAUUCAAUGACUGCUCCACAUCUCCCCUGGACAUCUUCUCCUCUCUGGAGCACCCAAUGUCCCUCUUGGUGGCACGCAAUCGCUCGCUGAACACCACUUCCUCUCCAGGAGGUCAUCCCCCGCCGGCCUACGCCAUGUCCUGUCUCAGCAUGAGCCUCGGCGUCGUGUCCAACCUCAUCGGCCUGGCUGUGCUGGCCGGUUUGCAUGCGCGCUUCCGCCGCAGAGCCAAGGCCCCCUUCGUGCUGCUGGCCCGCGCCCUGCUGCUGACCGACCUGGCGGGCCAGCUGAUCACGGGCGCGUUCGCCCUCUACCUGCACCUGGAGCAGCGGCAGGGAGGGGGGCCGCCGCGCGCCGAGACCGCUCGGGCCUUCUGCGGGAUGUUCGGCGCCUGCAUGGUGUUCUUCGGCCUGUGCCCGCUGCUGCUCGGUAGCGCCAUGGCGGCGGAGCGCUGCGGGGGCAUCACACAGCCAUUCCUGCACGCGGCGGCGGCCACGGUGGGGCACGUGCGGCUGGUGGCGCUGCUCCUCAUGGCGCUGGCCCUCGGCCUGGCGGUGCUGCCCUUGCUGGGCGUCGGCGGCUACGCGUGGCAGUACCCCGGCACCUGGUGCUUCCUGCCCGUGCACGGGCGGCUGACCCCGGCGCACGCUGCCCUGGCACUGGUCUUCGCCGGCCUCGGACUCGGCGCACUCCUCCUGUCGGUGCUCUGCAACACCGUGAGCGGAGCGGUGCUGCUGCUGGCCAGGAGGACGUCGCAGCUGACAGCCAGGCAGUCCAUCGCCGCCGGCACCAAGCACCGGGGCCCUGCCAACGCAUCAUCUGCGGGCAUGCGCUCGUUGGACGUCGAGAUGAUGACACAGCUGGCAGUGAUUAAUGUGGUGUCAUGCGUUUGCUGGUGUCCUUUUCUGAUCUGUAUCCUAUUGUCGGUUGGAAAGUUUCUUUCCGGCUCCCUUUCAACAUAUCCAGUGCGAAAGCACGAGCAGCAGCUUCUGCUGUGUCUCCGGCUGGCCUCCUGGAACCAGAUCCUGGACCCCUGGGUCUACAUCCUGCUGAGGCGGGCCGUCUUGCGCAGGGUCUGCUGCCUGCUGCAGCCCGACAGGUUCCUUCUCCCACAGAACAGCUCCAGCACUGGAUCCCACAGAUAA